GGAACACAGGCAGGUCAAUUGUAGCAUUAUAAUUAGGGCAACAGAUUAUCAACCAUGAUCCAUAGGAUCUGGAAUCCAUUUCUGAAAUCUAAAUAUCUCACAAUACUGGUCAUUCAAACAGCAGUUCCAAGUAUUAAUUGAUUUGACACUAAACAGAACAAAUUAAUAGCACAUGAAUAUUCACACAUCUUCAUCUCCAAUAACACACAUGAUAUUCAUCUUCUAUUUGGCUUCAAAGAAAUGGAGCUGGAGAUGUAUGCAAAAAAUUUGGAAUCAGUUUUUGUAAGGGGUUUAAUGGAAAGCAUUUCUUGAAAAGUUAAUCUAUGGUAUUGUGAAAAACUUGCACCAAGACAAUGGCGAUUCCAUAGUCUUCGGGCAAAAGCCCCAAGAUCUAUAGAAACUGUAGUCCAUUUCCCAGGUCCAUUUGUGGUGACGAGAUAUAGAGUCCCUCAGUCUUUUAUUCAGAAAGUGAAAGUAUUAGAGUGUUCCUGGUGUUCUUGAAAUAGCAUGGGGUUCAGAAACAAGAGGCUUCUGUUAACACGUUCAGGCUCCAGUUUGGUUUCUUGUGACUCUGACUCAAAUUUUCCCCAAGGUCAACAGAGAAAACAAAAAGCUUUGUCAAUCGCCAAGUUCCUAGUAGCUGCUUUGUGGUUAUUAUUAUCAUUCCUUCAAGCAUGAACUCUCCUGUUGCUUGCUAUCAACCAACAGCUCUUCCCUCAAGGGAACCAAAGGUAAUGAGGCAAUUAUUUCCAGUUUGUCUCUAAUUUGUAGGUGGGGGUGGAGUGUUGUCCCCCCCCAAAAUCCUCUCCAUGAUUUGUAAAGUUAGAACCCAUGCUCAUUGCUCAGGAGUUGUAAACAAAUGUGUGCCCAUAUAUAUAUGGGCACACAGAACUCAAGGAAUAAGAUGAGAAUUUGGAAGACAAGCAGACUUUUUUCUCCACGUUCCAUGAAAAUUCUUUUAGAAACAGUGAUGGUAGACUGAAAACAUUAAGGAGUGGGAAAGAAUUUUCUUAAAUGAAGGACUGAAGGCUACGUUACAAGGUAUGUCACUAGAUCUUUUAUGUUGUUGACAUAGAUUCUUGUCCUUAAUCCUUUUGCUUUGAUCAGUUACAUAUGUUUCCACCAAGUCUCCAAUUUCUGACUUCUGGAAGAUCCAGAGCAGCUCACUGGGUUAUCUUCCUUUAUCCAACCUAUGGAAAUAAAACAUUAGCUAAAAAUUUGUGAGGGGCGUGAGGAAGGUUAAGAAAGGCCAACAGACCAAUUGGAGAGUCUCUACUAGAAUUUCUAAUAACUGGUUACUGACUUAGCCUUGAACCACAAUUUCCUAAUCUCACAUUUCUGUCAUGAAUUUCUGGACUCCUCAAGUUUGAAUCUGAUCUGAUCUCAUGAUCGUUCUGAUAUUUCAUGGUUUCUUCAAAAGAGAUUCUUUUGGUUCCUAGGUGGAUGUGUAAUAAUCUGAUGUCAGAUCAGGUUUUUAAUGGGAUUUUAGCCCAUUAGUGGGACAAAAAGACUGAGCUAUUCAGGUUAAAAUUCCUGUACUGACUAAUUCAAAACCAUGUUUCCAUUUUGUGAUAGUCACAAUGAUUUCCCAGUCUUUCACAUUUCCAUCUCUCAUUUUUUUUUCUUAUCUCUGGCAAAAGAGAAGAACAUGAGGAGGGAUAAUGAGAGCAGUGUGUCUGAAUUCAUCCUCCUGGGGCUCCCUAUCUGGACAGAGAACCAAGGCAUAUACUAUACUCUUUUUCUGGUCAUGUAUCUGAUCACGGUGCUGGGGAACCUGCUUAUCAUUCUGCUCAUCAGGCUGGACUCUUGCCUCCACACUCCCAUGUACUUCUUCCUCAGCCACUUGGCCUUCACUGAUAUCUCUUUCUCAUCGGUCACAACUCCAAAGAUGCUCAUGAAUAUGCAGACACAGAGUCAGUCCAUCUCAUAUGCUGGGUGCAUUUCCCAGGUGUGCUUCUUCUUGUUUUUUGGGGGUCUUGACAGCUUCCUUCUCACAUCAAUGGCCUAUGACAGGUAUGUGGCCAUCUGUCACCCUCUCCACUAUACAACCAUCAUGAGUCAAAACAUUUGUUUUCUGCUAGUGACUGUGUCUUGUGUCCUAUCCUGCACCGGUACACUUUUGCACACCCUCCUCCUGGUCCGUCUCUCUUUCUGUGGAGACAACACUCUCCCCCACUUCUUUUGUGACCUCUCCACCUUACUUAAGCUGUCCAGUUCAGAUACAACAGUCAAUAAAUUGGUUAUCCUCAUCGUAGGAACUGUGGUCCUUACCCUGCCAUUCAUAUGUAUCCUGGUCUCUUAUGGCCACAUUGGUGGCACCAUUCUUAGAGUCCCCUCUACUAAGGGGAUCUGCAAAGCCUUGUCCACAUGUGGCUCUCACCUCUCUGUGGUGUCUUUAUACUAUGGAGCCAUUAUUGGACUGUACUUUUUCCCCUCAUCCAAUAACUCCAAUGACAAAGAUGUCAUUGUGUCUUUAUUGUACACUCUGGUGACUCCCAUGUUAAAUCCCUUUAUCUACAGUCUGAGGAAUCGAGAUAUGAAAGGAGCUCUGGGGAAUAUACUCAGUAGAGAAAAAUUUCACCAUGAUGAGCAUUAUUUUUCCUAUUAA